AUGCCUGGCGAACCCUCCCCAACCUCCGCGGUGUCAAGGUCUAAGAUGUUACAAUCUUCAGACGGAUCCAAGAUCUAUGCAGAAGCCUCAGGCAAUCCCAAGCGUCCACAUGUCAUCCUAAUGCAUGGUUUUACUUUGAGCGCUGCCGUUUUCGAUGAAUUUUGUCGAUUGCCGCUCCUCCUCGAAGAGUUGUAUAUUGUGAGAUACGAUAUGCGUGGUCACGGACGUAGUGCAAAGCCAGAUACUCAAGAUGGGCAUCUAUCACGGCUGUAUGCAGACGACUUCAUGACCGUUGUCCGAGCGUUCAAUUUAGAAUAUCCUAUUUUCGUAGGUUGGAGUAUUGGAGGGGCGAUAGUUGCCGACCUCUGCGCUAACGUGGAUCCCCUUCCGAUCUCUGGGGUUCUCUACCUGGCCUCAGUCCCCCACACAUCCAGUCUUAUGUCAGGCAGUGCGACGCAAUACCUCCUUUCUCUUAUCGCCUCUUGCGACGAUCACUCCACGACUUCAUCUGCCCUCUUGCGCCUUGUCGACGGAUGCUUUGCCUCGCCACAUGCGCCUCCGCCUACAUUCCAGACGCAUUGUCUUUUUGCCGGUAUGCAGACCCUGCAAAGUAAAGCAAUCCGGGACGCGGCAUCACGGCGGACCCAGGAGACGCAUACCUUAUGGGAGAAGAUGGAAGAAGGACUGCCUGUGUGCGCAAUGCACGGGACUGACGACAUGCUCGUCGAUGGAAACUUCCUGGAAAGAGAGCUUAGGAAGCAUGCGAAAAAUUUGGACAUCAAGAUCGUGGACGGUGCGGGCCAUGCAUUAUUUUGGGAGAUGCCGGAUGAGACGGCUGAGGUCGUCGUUCAGUUUGCGAAGAAAGUGUGGAAAAGGCCGCAAUAG